AUGACCGCCGAAAUGCAUUCUCCACCUGCGACCAGGGACAAGUUAAAUGUCUAUACUUUGAUCUUGAUCUGUUAUCUCGGACUUGGUUCAAUGAGCUUUGGCUAUGCAGCCUCCGUCAUUGGAACGUUGCUAGGGCAACCAUCUUUUCUGGAGUACUUCAACCUCGAAACAUCGUCCAAUGGAACCACUCUGAUCUCGACCAUGAACGGUGUCUUUCAGACUGGGGGCUUUCUAGGAGUGUUGUGCUUGCCAUGGGUCGCCGACAAAUACGGCAGGAAAUGGUCGCUCGCAGUGCCUGCUUUACUGAUUAUCGUGUCCGGUGCAAUCAUGGCAGGGAGCACCAAUGUGGCAGAGUUCAUUGUCUUCCGCUUCUUUUCGGGCGCCGGCGCCUAUAUGUUCGUUGCGGCUCCUCCGCUGAUGAUGAGUGAACUCGUACCGGCCAAUCUUCGUGGUGGAUUGGUUGAGUUCCAUGGGGUUUUCUACGUCUUCGGGUGGCUUGUCAUGCGAGGCCGCGACGAGCAAGCGAGACAAGUUCUCACCAAGAUACAUUCUCAUUCAGGAGUCGGUCACGAUCGGGCGAACCUUGAGUUGUAUCAGAUCCAGAAACAAGUGGCUAUUGAUCGCUCCCUGCCAUCUAGCUGGUACCAGAUGUUCAAAAGACCAUCUUACCGUAAGCGUGCGUUUCUUGGACUCGCAACGACGGGGAUGGUGCAGUUUUCCGGAGUGCUGGUUAUCAACAACUACGGGCCGGUGAUUUACAGGCUGCUGGGCUACAGUCCCAUGAAACAACUCCUCUUCCCGUCUCUCUGGCUCACCGUCGGGUUCGUGUGCUUCUUCUUUGGUCCGAUUCUGAUUGACAAAAUUCCCCGGAAUUGGAUGCUGGGUAUCGGCAUUCUUGGAACCUCGACUAUGCUGAGCAUCAUCGCGGCGCUCCUCGCCAAUUUCGUGCCUUCCACCAACACUGCCGCAUUAAAAGCCACGGUAGCUAUGUUUUUCCUCUAUCAGCCAUUCGUCAACAUCGGCCUCGAUGGAACACAAUUCGUGUACUUGGGGGAGGUCUUCCCCAAUCACCUUCGCGCCAAAGGAGUCUGUCUCGGCACGUCUAUGAUAGCGUUCAUGAAUAUAAUAUGGCUUCAAUCGGCCCCCGAAGCUUUGAAAAAUAUACAGUGGAAAUAUCUCCUCUGCUUCAUCAUUCCGGGUUUUCUUUCCGGGUUCUGUGUUGUUAUGUUCUGGCCAGACACUCGGGAUACGCCCUUGGAAGAGAUCGGCGCCAUCUUCAGUGACGGCGACGAGAUUGCGGUAUACCAGUACCAGCUUGAGAUCGACCCCACGACACACACGAUCCAUGACCACACCGAACGGCCUGACGCAGAGAUAUCUGUAGCAGAUGUCAAACAAGAAGCAGGUCCGAAUGAUGUGACGAUAUGGGAAUGGGCUUUCGAGGACGCGAGGUACUCGCCGUUGUUUAACUUUCCACCCAACGAGAUUGGAGGCUUCACCAAUGCAGUCACCCAAGAGCGGCUGGACUACUUCCAAGUCAAGGAGCAUGCUACUCAUCUAUCCACGGCCUUGGUGAAACGAUAUGGCUUGCAGGUAGAAGAUACGGUAUCAUUGUUCAGCCCGAACACGACAUGGUACCCUGUCGCUUUGUUCUCCAUCUUGAGAGCAGGUGGAAGAGUCAACGGCGCCUCUCCUGCAUAUGGCCCGGACGAGAUGGCCCAUGCCCUCAAAACGGCACAAACAAAGUAUAUCAUGACUGUGCCCAACUCCAUCAAUGUGGCCCUUGCAGCGGCAAAGAAAGCGGGAAUUCCCAAUGAUCGCAUUUUCUUGUUAGAGGGGGAGCUCGAGGGCUACACGACGAUGAAGCAACUGUUGGAAAUCGGCAAGAGCUACGGCAAUGGCCAGACGCCUACAUAUCGCAUCCCAGCGGGCAGCACCAACGAUGUGUGCGGGUUCCUGACCUUUAGUAGUGGAACAACUGGGCUACCAAAAGCUGUGAUGCUGUCACAUAAGAAUAUGAUUGCUCAAUGCCAACAGCUGAAGGACGUUGCGGGACCGCAGAAGAGACGGUUUCUAGCAUGCCUCCCCUUGUUUCACAUCAGUGGGCUCAUGCGUUUCCUUCACUGGCCUAUCGCCGGCAACGACGAAUGCAUCAUGCUCCCACAAUUCACUAUGGAAGCGUUCCUAGGUGCCAUUGUCAAAUACCAGAUCACAGAUCUGACCCUGGUCCCGUCCAUUGUCAUCCGACUAGUACGCGACCCUAUCGUUGAUGGUUACGAUCUCACUUGUGUCAGGACAAUCGCAUCUGGUGCAGCUCCUCUUGGGCAGGAGGUCAUCCGCCAACUUGAACAGAAGAUGCCGUGGACCGGAUUCCGGCAAAGUUACGGUAUGACAGAGUCGUGCUGCUGUCUGACGACCCACCCACCUGAAUUCUACAGCUACAAAUAUGCCAACAGCGGGGGUGUGCUCCUUGGCUCGACGGCAGUGAAGAUUCUCGACGUGGUUACAGGUGAAGAGCGAGGGCCAAACGAGAUAGGCGAGAUUCUUGCCAGUGGUCCCCAGAUUGCAAUGGGGUAUCUCGCAAACCCGAAGGAAACAGCCGAGACGUUUGGAGCGGACGGCUUCCUGCGCACGGGUGACAUUGGCAGUAUCGAUGACGAAGGCUUUAUCCACAUUGUUGAUCGAAUCAAGGAGAUGAUCAAGGUCAAAGGUCAACAGGUCGCCCCGGCAGAGCUGGAGAAUCUCCUGCUGGGACACCCUGCUGUGGACGAUUGUGCCGUACUGGGAAUACCUGACGACUAUAGUGCCGAACGACCAAAGGCAUACAUUGUGUUGAAGCCCACUGUGAAGCCGAGCGACGAGGUGGGCAGGGAGCUGAUACAAUAUGUGAAAGAUAGGCGAGUGCGCUAUAAAUGGAUCAAGGAGGUUGAGUUCAUUGCAGAAAUACCAAAGAGCCCCAGUAGCAAGAUCUUGAGGAGGGUUUUGCGGGAUAAAGAGAAGCGAGGGGAGAAGGGCCAGAUUGUCAAGGAUAUCUCGGACCGUGCGAGGCUUUGA